UCUGCCGGGGAGCUGUGUGCGCAUGGCAUUAGCUCGACACGGCCUUUUCUGUCGUGGAGUCUGAAGGUGAGUGGUCGCUCGUGCUGUGUUGAGCGCGGUUGCUAAUCCGACGAAUCUUGUACUGAGGAUAGGACAUCGAACGACAGUUUUAACGAGACUAUCAUCAAAAAUACAACAUGGGUAAGGAGAAGACUCAUAUUAAUAUUGUCGUCAUCGGACACGUAGAUUCUGGCAAAUCUACCACCACAGGACACUUGAUCUACAAAUGUGGUGGUAUCGACAAGCGUACCAUCGAGAAGUUCGAGAAGGAAGCCCAGGAGAUGGGCAAGGGCUCGUUCAAAUACGCUUGGGUGUUGGACAAGUUGAAGGCGGAACGCGAGCGCGGUAUCACUAUCGAUAUCGCUUUGUGGAAGUUUGAGACUGCGAAAUAUUAUGUUACCAUUAUUGAUGCUCCCGGACAUCGGGACUUCAUCAAAAACAUGAUCACUGGUACUUCGCAAGCUGAUUGCGCUGUACUAAUUGUUGCUGCUGGUACCGGCGAGUUUGAAGCUGGUAUAUCAAAGAACGGACAGACUCGCGAACACGCUCUCCUCGCCUUCACACUCGGUGUAAAACAACUGAUCGUUGGCGUCAAUAAGAUGGAUUCGACAGAGCCUCCUUACUCUGAGUCCAGAUUUGAGGAAAUUAAGAAAGAAGUGUCAUCCUACAUCAAAAAGAUCGGUUAUAAUCCGGCUGCAGUGGCAUUCGUGCCCAUCUCUGGCUGGCACGGAGAUAACAUGUUGGAGGUGUCCGCGAAAAUGCCCUGGUUCAAGGGAUGGACGGUAGAGCGAAAGGACAGCAAGGCUGAAGGUAAAUGCCUCAUCGAAGCGUUGGACGCGAUAUUGCCGCCUACCAGACCGACCGACAAGGCUCUUCGUCUUCCCCUUCAGGACGUGUACAAGAUUGGUGGUAUCGGAACCGUACCUGUUGGUCGUGUCGAGACUGGUGUGUUGAAACCUGGCAUGGUGGUUACCUUCGCACCUGCUGGACUGACCACUGAGGUUAAGUCCGUGGAAAUGCACCACGAAGCUCUCCAGGAGGCUGUGCCCGGCGACAACGUUGGUUUCAACGUUAAAAACGUGUCUGUUAAGGAGUUGCGUCGUGGUUACGUUGCCGGUGACUCUAAGAACAACCCACCUAAGGGUGCUGCUGAUUUCACCGCUCAGGUCAUCGUGCUGAACCACCCUGGUCAAAUCAGCAACGGAUACACGCCUGUGUUGGAUUGUCACACUGCCCACAUCGCGUGUAAGUUCGCCGAGAUCAAAGAAAAGUGUGAUCGGCGUACCGGCAAGACUACUGAGGAGAACCCGAAGGCAAUCAAAUCGGGCGAUGCGGCGAUUGUUACUCUUGUGCCCAGCAAGCCCAUGUGCGUGGAGGCCUUCCAAGAGUUCCCACCUCUGGGACGUUUUGCCGUCCGUGAUAUGCGUCAGACAGUUGCUGUCGGCGUUAUCAAGGCCGUGACUUUCAAGGACGCAACUGGAAAAGUCACCAAGGCCGCUGAGAAAGCCCAGAAGAAGAAAUAACUAUUACAAUAGUUGUUUCCGUGCAUGUACCGAUAGUUUCCGUGCGAAUAUGUCGCCGGAUGAACGCUGGCAUACAACAGCCAACGUAGCUCGCUCUCUCUCGUCACGCAAUUCGCGCAUGCUGGACAUCGUAACGUCGACAUUGUCAUUGUCGCUGACCACGGAACUCGCACAACCACAAGUCGUUAAAAAGAAGGAAAUUACAAUUCAGUUACGAAGAUUGGUUAUUCGAGCGCACGGGAAAGUGAUAUAUACGUUGCGUUUCCUCGACGCGAGAGUAUUUCGUUUGUCGAAGUGGCUGCUUCGUCAUUUCUCUCACCGUAAAGAAUUCCGCAGGAAAGGAAAAUCUCACCAUCUAGACGACGGUGACGAUCGAUUGGCGAAAUACAAACGGACGACGCGCACGCGUGAAAAGAGAAAGCGAACUUCGCGCGAACUAUCCAAUAACUUCAUAACAUCGUAAAUUUAGCGCGGCUUAAUUAUAUUUUCUAAUUAUUCGGAAAUAAAUUCUGUAUCUGCUCGAUACUCGAAAAAAAAAAAGGAGAAAACAUUUCAUUGCAAUUACUCAUUCUAAUUUUGUUUCGAUGUUCGACUGCAAAUUGGUAACGUAUUCAUGUUUUUGUUACUUGUACCUUUUGAAGGAAUUCCUCAUUUAUCCGCUCUCAUUUUACAGUAAUUAUACGAUUCGAAAGUAAACUAAUCACGAUGAAACUCAGUAAUUUUUCAUCUUUCUCGAUAGCUUUUCAUAUUAAUCGUUCAGACUGCUAUAUCGAUUCACAGAAAACUAGAUAGAGGAGACAGUGGUGGUAGGCUUCGGCAAAAGUAGAUUUCGUUGGGAGAUGGGACCUGUUUAAUAAUUAUCUAAUAAUCAUCGUUUAAUUAUUUGAUUAGAUGAGAAGUGAGUCGUCUUGUAAACUUUCUACAAGGUACUUUUAUCAUAAACUUUUUUUCUGCCACGUGUGAUUCGCAUGAAAUCGCGAGACAUGUUCAAGAAGAAUGACGAUUUUUAUGAUAACUCUGCAUCUUUUAUCCCGCGAUUCUUCUACAAUUACAUUGGUUAAAGGUUUUCUGUACAUACAUAUAAGUAACAGAGAUGACAAAUAAAAGAAGUGAAUAAAGAAGCUACGGAAACGAGA